UGUUCCCGCGGCUUCUCCCCGUACUCUCUCCUCCAUUACUCCUCCCCAUUCCUCCCUCCCCGUACCAUAUCCGCUGAAUAGCUCUUCCGCCACGCCUGUGUCCUAUAUAAUGUGUGGAAUAGCAGGACAGCAGCACAACUCUACCGAACACCACAGCCUCCUAACCUCAGUAGUCUCUGCAGCACCACAAAAACAAAAUGGCAAACAUGUCAUCAGCUUUGACGACAGUUCUGGUGGUGCUGGCUGUGGCACAGUCAUCAGUGGCACUCAGCCGGUGGCGCUCAAUGGCAGGUCAGGCGCUUGUGGUCAACGGCACAAGCACCGCAGUGACCAACGAGGGGUUCUUGUUCUGCCAGGCUGAGGUGGCACCUGGCGUGCCCCUGGAUCACUACCAAGUGAGCUGGACAACCGCCUCAGGAACCCCACUGGCAACCUGGACACCAAACACCAAGACCCCUUCCAUGCUGCAGGGCGGCCGGCUCGGGGCUUACUCCUACCUUCUCUUCAGAGAUUUUGACGCAUCUCAUGGCGGCGACUACAUCUGCGUCCUCACCUAUAAGGGGUUUCAUGUGGAUUCCUCCAUCAUCACCGUCCAGCAGGCCUGAGAAUCCUCCUCCAAGUCCAAUGGCACCGUCACUGCUUUGCUGAUCCGGAUCGACUCGCUCGUCCUUCCACUCCUGUCAUUUCGUCAUCUUCACCAAUCCUUCUCGGAGUCUUCACCACCCUGCACUCCAUGGGCAUUGAUCUCAGAGACUGUGAGCUGCUGGCACCGAUAUCCUACAGGGUAUUCUGUGCUUCGCCUCACUUUAACAUGCCCGGCUGGGUUUGUAGGAGGUGAACUUUCUUCGAUGGGAUAAUAUGAUCAUUGCAUCCUAAUUUUAACAGCAACGAAUAACACUAAUUUAUUAUCAAAUCAACGUUUACUUUUACAGUCUUUGUCUUUCAUGUGCUUAUAAUUUCAGACUAUUAUUUAUUGUUAUACACUUUUAACUUAAUUUAUUUCGUUGUGUUGUAUAAUCUUAAGCAUUAUUUAUUCCAAUACGCCAUGCUAUUUAAUAUUUAUCUAUUUAUAUAUCUAUUUAUUGAUCUUAUCAUUAUUUCAUCAAUUCACUCAUUUAUUUAUAUCCUCAUCUUAUAUCAUCAUCUUAUUCAUUGUUCGAGCAGGACUGAUACUAGUGUAUACCUCGCACCUGUUGUCAGUCACUCUCAUUACGUGAUAGGCCAUCCAUAACACUGCUAUUCAGUAACCUAAAGAGAUGUAGACAUGUCUCAUCUCUUCACUGAAAGCCGACGCCUAUUACAAUACAAAACAAAGUCUGAGUAUGGAAUAACUGUACCUGUCCACUUACGCCUUCCAUUCUGCACACAUUGUCACCAAAGAUAUGAUUGUGUGAUGAAAAUACAGUGUUA